AGUGUGACACUUCUCUUAGACAGAAAUGGCUUUCCUCAGUCUCUUACCUUCCAGAUCCUUACUUAGUCACAUUUUCCACUCUGCCCUCACAGGUGGGCUUCUUUUUCUUUGUCUGCUUGUAAAUGUGCCCAUUAUCGCCAGUCCCACUCCCACUCCCCUGACCAUCCUCAUCACGUCCACAGCAGAGCCUUUACCUGCUCCUCCCAGCCCACAGGAGGCGUCUUAUUUACAACAGCCUCUAAAGGCCAAAGCUGUGGAAGGGGAGGAUGUGGUGUUUCCCUGUUUUUUAAAGAGUGAUGUAGAUGAAGUAGGGGCUGUGGAGAAGGUGAGGUGGUAUGUGAAGAGUUUGGAGGGAAAGAGGAAUGUUCUACAAGGGAAUGAGACGGCGGAGGAUGUGUUUGCUGGCCGUGUGUUUUUGUCUGGUGAUCUAUCUGAGGGAGAUCUAUCCAUGACACUAAGGAAUAUUUCGGUGGAGGAUCGAGGCCUGUAUUUGUGUGCCUUCAUAUCAACAAACUCAACUAUUCUUCAGGGAGGCGGGACCAAACUCAGCAUCCGCAAAGGACUGGGUGUGAUUGAAGAGUCUGUGGGCACUAUAACUGGCAUCGUUGUGGCAGUUGUCGGUGUGGCAGUGGGGCUUGUGGCUGUGAUACUGACUCAAUUCAAGGACAAACUGAACUGCCUGCAGAAAUGACAUGGGGGAGACGGCUUUGGCGUAUGGAGGUUAAAAGUGCGAGGAGGUUACAGUAAAGGCCAAAGGUAAAAGUGAGCAAAUACACGUAUACUCACGCUGCCAAGAACUGAACGCAGUGCAUGAGAGAAUGACUCUUAAGUAAGCAGUGAGGCAUUUAGCUCACCCCAUAUUCUGAAUGACAAUAUAUAUGAUUACACAACUAGAUCCGAUGACCAUCCUCAAACACAUACACACCCCAUCAGAUCCAACACAGAUGAAGAAGAGCAGUUGAGUUAUGAAGUGUCAAGCUUUUGUAAGUUUUCAUCGAUGUGAGGAUGCAUUUCCUUUAUAAGAAUAAGUACAUGAACCAUUUGAAAAUACCUAUAUUUCUGCAUGAAUGGUUCCUAAUAAUUAUGGUUAUUGUUUUUGUUUAUUUAAUCCAGUCUGCUGUGUAUGUAUUCAUAACAUGUUCUUUUGAGUUUUAUAUGACGACUUGUCUGGAUGAUACAACUUUCAGUUCAUUGCUCUGUCAGUAUUUAAAACCAGCCUGGCCCCAUAUGCAAAAUCAUAUAUGCUACUUAUUUUUGCUUCGUAUUGAUCUGUAUGCAUGCACAUGUUUUCAGUAUUGUAAUCUUUUAAAAGGAUCAGAACAACAUAUGAUAGAUGUUAUUUAGUAGACACUGAUGUAAGUCCUUUGCAUACCGCAAGCUGAGCAGAUGGACUGUUGAGUGGAUAGAAUGUUUAGCAGAGGAUGAUCUGGCUUCAUACCAGAGUACCAUUAUGAAGUUAUAUUAAUCAGAAACUGAUCUUAUAUCAGCACUCAACACUGAAUACAUUUCCUCUCAAGAGAGGCCUGAUCUCAACACUCAUGCUGUGCUUCAGUAUUCUAAUGGCAAAGUUCUUCAUUUUCACCUGCAUGCUUUUGUAAGACCCAGAAGGGCCUUCACCUCAGAAAUAGCCAGAUGUGGACUGGUUUGUGACUGUGUGAUUUUGUCCCAUGGGUUUGGGUUUGUUUACUGUGAAAAUCACCAUAAAUUCUUCUGUCACAAAUAAAUAAGUUUUACUACUCAAA